AUGCGACAUAAGAUUCAAAAUUGUAUUCGAACACCAACACAAACGUCUAUUCGGCUGCCGUCUCAAAUAACACAACAAAUUACAACAAAUUUACCGGUACAACAAUCAACAGUAGCAGUAGCAGUGUCACCAGAAGAAUCACCUAACAGAGAAGAACGUUCAAAUAUUGAAGAUGAGUGGUUGAAUAUUCAAGACGAAUGUUUACUUAUUGAAGGUGAUCAUUCAAAUAUUCAACAACGAACACAAGCAAAUACAAAUGAAGCACCGAUGCCACGUGAAGAUCCAUUGUCAUCAACAUCUGCCAUUGAUGACUUAAAAUCAAAAUCAAAUAACGAAGUUUCAACAAGAGGACAACAAGAGCAAUUAUAUUCAUCGUUAGAUGAACAAACAACAGUACUACAGUCUGUGGCACCGAUACCUCGACCACAAAUUAGAACUGAUGUUCCCAUUCCUCCUAUGGCAAUUGAUGUGAAUUUAAUUAUGAUGAAUAUUAUCGAAAAACUAGCCAGAGUUCCCACGAAAGUCCGUGAAAAGACAUGGGAAUAUUUUGAGAAGGUAGCAGCGGGUUUAGAAAAUAAUACAAUUGCUGUUGAAGAUUUUCCAGAUUUGAUACGUCGACCACCUCCAGCUACAUCUCAAUCAUCGAUUUCUCGUGAAAGGCGACAACCACAAUCUGAACCACAUUCAUUUGAUUUAACUUUUGACACGUAUCAAUCAACUACUGACGUGGCUUCUACUCCAACAAUACCACUAACAAAUACUCGUCAAAAAGAAACACUCACUUCAUUUCGUCCAUCAAUGCUUCGAAAUCAUUCAAACACAGAACAACCUCGGAUAAGAGUUGCAUCGUAUCAAUCUAGUCAACAAACAGCAACAACAACAUCAUUUCGAUCAUCGUCACUUGGAACAUCACCCAAACGUCUAUUAACAAUAAACAACGUAAAUCGGUAUUAUGAUGAUGAAGAACAACCGACAGAACGAAAAAGAAGAGCGCCACCACCUAGAACGAGAGUGAACAACGUCUUGAGUCGUAUUGAAGAUAUGGUUGCUCCAAUGGAGCGAUACAUUCAACGACACAUAGCACCGUCCACUUGUUACAAAGAAGACGAUGAGGAAAAUUUGUGGUAA